UACGUAUAUGUGACAGUGAGGAGCCAAACUCCAAACCACCACAAAGAUCACACUGUGUUGCAUUGUUUGUAUUUAUUUUCUGUCUUUCUCAGACUGGGGGCCCUGUAGAAGAAGGGAGGGAAAAAAAAUUACCAAGAAUAUUUACCACAAAUGACUUGCUUUGUUCUUCUACCACAUCUUAAUUCCCCCCCCCUUUUUUUUUUGUAAUCGAAUCGUUAAAAAGCGAUCUAGAGUAUCUUAGGUUUAGUUGUGGUUUCCACCUCUUCCUCUCUAUGUAUCUCAUUCAGCAGCAGGUCAGAAUGGAGGUGGCAGCUCUCUGUCUUCUUCUCUUGAUGAAUUCCUUGGAUUCUGGUCAAGCAGAAGUCUCUGUGACCAUUGCCCCUAAAAGGUCCCAGUUCCUUAAAUAUGAAAAUUUUGUUGUGAGUUGUGUUGAGGACGAGCACAGGGAGGAAGAAGAGGAGACGAGGACUGGAUGGAGAGUGAUGAAGAGGAUGGAGGAUGGGGAGGUCCAUGAGUGUCUGUCCUCCUGCUCCGUUGCUGCUGCCUUCCCUGCCACAGACAGCGGACUGUACUGGUGUGAAACUGAAUGGGGAACAACCAGCGACGCCGUCAACAUCACCGUCACUGGUGGUUCAGUGAUCCUGGAGAGUCCAGUUCUUCCUGUGAUGGAGGGAGACAAUGUGACUCUGUGUUGCCGCAACAAAGAUGGCUACCUCAUGGCUGAUUUCUAUAAAGAUGGCAUCCCCAUGGUGACCAGCUCCACAUUAAACGUGACCAUCAACAGUGUUUCCAAGUCAGAUGAAGGACUCUACAGGUGUGACAUCUAUGGAUAUGGGAGUUCACCAGAGAGCAGACUGACUGUCAAAGUCUCUGUCCUCCCCACAGCACCACCUGGAGACCAGGUUUCUCCAGCUCCCAUGCUGCCUGUCUCAACCCUUCUGCGUCACCUGAUGGUGGGAACUCCUUACCUGUUGUCCACCAUCUUACUGGGACUCAUAUACAGAGACAGGAAGAAAGUGCUGCAGGCUAAGGAGGCAAGCCAGCCAUCUGAUGUCAUCAUGGAAAUAGCUGUUUAACAAUUAGUGACAUCACAUACAAAUUACCCCAAAGAUAUACCCUAAAAUAGGUGAUGUCAAAAUUCCCCUGAUUUUCAUCUAUGGGUUCUCAAAUUGUCAGACUUUUAUUAUCUCAUCUAUUUUUAUUACUUAUAGAAUUUAAUAAAUUAAUUAAGUAUUUUCAUUUCACCAUGAGUUAAUUUUUUGCUGACACAGAAAAUAAAGUGCUGAUCUUGG